AUGGCAUUCUACAAAUCAAAGGGUCCAGUGGACUGCAACACCGACUUUGACACGAGCAACGUCCAAGGCAAGACGGCUAUUAUUACUGGUGGAGCCAGUGGAAUCGGCUUGGUCUAUGUUCGCACUCUUCUGGACGCCGGCGCCGCACACGUGGUCAUCGCAGACAUCAAUGAAUCCAUAGGCAAGAAACUCGUCGACGAGCUCUCGGCCGAGAAGACGACGUUUGUGCGUUGCGAUGUCACUUCCUGGGCUCAACAGGCCGCCACUUUCAAAAAGGCUAGGGAAGUCUCGCCGACAGGAAGGAUCGAUAUUGUCGUCGCCAACGCAGGAAUCGUGAGCCAGGAUGAUAUCUCCGAACAAAACGACCUGGAAGCCGAGGAGCCGAAGGAGCCCAAUAUUAAGGUCACGUAUGUGAAUACUAUCGGUGUCAUAUACACUGCUAAGCUGGCCAUGUGGUAUUUCACCAAACAGUACUCUCAAGCGCAGGGUAAGAAGCAAGAAGAUCAGGUUUUGGUGCUGCAGGCGAGUAUUGCGGGUUAUGUUGACCUGGCGGGCGUGGCGCAGUAUACGAGCUCCAAGUUUGCGGUCAGAGGAUUGAUGAGGUCGCUGAGGCAGACGGCGGGGAUGAGCGGGGCGAGGGUGAACUUGAUUGCGCCUUGGUAUAUCGAUACUGCCAUCAUUCCAGACGAAAGCCGCAUCGCGAUCAAAGAAUCCGGGACUGGCUUUGCUGAGCUCGCGGAUGUUGGUCCGACAUUACUUCGGAUCGUGGCGGAUAAGGAGGUGCACGGUCGUGCUCUGGCCGUCUUCCCUCGUAGUUGGCCAGAAGCCCCUCGUGGUUAUGUCGAUCUUGAUGCGGACGAUCUGGACAAAGCUGGCUCGUUCUGGGCUAAGGCGCAGGAGAAGGGUAUGGCGCCUGCGGUUUGGGGCGUUGAGCAGAUGGGAAAGCUGCCGAUGUCGUAG